UAGUAGCGAUUUAAUUGUUAUAAAGUCAUCAUUGAUUAGGAGAAUGAGGAAUUAUAAGUGGCAGCAGCACAUGUCAUGCAGUCGUCCCGUGCUGUGACGCCCAUAAUAACAUCAGUAACGCUGCAACAAAGCAAAAGGUUUCGCGCCGAAAAGAAAAACGGCAAAAACACGCAGCAAAAUUACGAAGAAAAAAACAAACAAAACAUCAUUCGUUUAUGCACCGGUGCAAAUGUGAAAAAUGUGUUAACAACAAAUAAAUGCAACGUUUGUAGUUCAUAUGCUGAAAUUGCAGCAACGCUACGAGCCAGACGGGUGAAGUAGUGUGCGUUUGCGUGAGCGUGUGUGUAAGUGCGAGUUGUGUGUGUGUGUAAGCAAGCGGCGCGUUUGAGGUGUAACUGCCCUCCCCCACCUCUACAACUCCAUCCCCCACCUGCUGCACAAUGGCACCAACAAAAAAACGUGAAAAGGAAAACAACAACAGUGGAGAUGCUGCUGCUGUGGCCAUCAAUGGAUUGGCGGCAAGUGCAGCAGAUACAACUGCCACACACGAAGCGUUGGCAGCGCCAACAGCCACAACAACAUCGGGAACAGCAACUGCUGCUGCAGUAACCCAGGAAACGCAUCCAAAACUUAAUGGACACCAACAAGAGCAGGAACUCUUUCUACAGGCCUUUGAAAAGCCCACACAGAUCUAUCGCUAUCUUCGCAAUCGCCACGAGACAAAUCCCAUCUUUCUGAAUCGCACACUCAGCUAUAUGAAAGAGCGCAUGUCGCGCAACAACAAGAAACGCGCCAAUUUCAAAAUCGACACCAUACUGGACACCAUCACCCAAAAGUCUGAGGCUGUAACCCAAAACUACCUGCACGUCAUUUACGAUUCGCUGCACGAGAAACUCAAACCGGAAAGCGACACCGAUCUGCUAUUGCGUCCACGCCAGGAUCUCGAUCAGGAGCCGGAACAGGAGUUGCUAUGUCAAGCCGGUGAAUCAGUGUGUGUGGAGACCACCUUAUAUAAGAUAACGCGCAGCAAGCGCAAGGAUAGCACACUCGAUUUUCAAGAGUUGUUGAGCAAAAGCUGUCAAAUUGUCUACAAUCCCAAGGAGGGCAUUGGUGAGCAUUCGACCAUCAGCAUACCGUUGCAGACGAUGCGACCGAUGGGCGAGCAACACACGCUCUACAAGCUACUCUUCCGCAUCAAGAUGCAGCCACAAUCAUGCAACGAUGAGAAUGCAGCCACGCCUCCAAACAAGCGCUCGCGCUCCAGCGAAAAGCUCUAUGGAUCCGAGUUGAUAUUGUAUGAGAAGUCAAGUGGUUUCAUCACCGAGGGCGAAUACGAGGCCAUGCUGCAGCCAUUGAAUUCGUCGAGCAUCAAAUCGUUCUCACCAAAGAAAUGCACCUGGGAGACCAUGCCCGACAGCUACAUUCCACUUUCGCUGACCUACGAUGUCUAUCAGCAGAGUCCCAUGCUCAAAUUCCAUUUGACACUCUCCAAUGAGCAAUUGCCCGACAUUAUUGCAGCGCCCGAGUUACAGCGUUAUGUACAGCAUCUUGAUGUGGAUGGCGAACUCAGUCACAUCAAUAACAACAACAAUCUUAACAACAAUAAUAACAAUAACAACAAUCAUUGUAACAGUGGCUUGAAGAAUGGCAGCAACAAUAUCAGCAGCAUUUGCAAGGCAACGCCGGAGCACAUACAAAUCGUCUAUAACUUUAUGUACAGUAACAAUACGCGCCAACAAACCGAGUACACACAGGAACUCAACUGUCCCUGGUGCGGCUUGGACUGCCUGCGUUUGUAUGCGCUGCUCAAGCAUCUGAAACUCUGCCAUGCGCGCUUCAACUUUACGUACCAGCCAGCGGGCAGCGGUGCACGCAUCGAUGUCACCAUCAAUGACGCCUAUGAUGGCUCGUAUGCCGGUUCGCCAUAUGAUCUGGCUGGACCGUCGGGCUCAUCGUUUGCCCGCACUUGCGGUCCGGUGAGACGCACCUCGGUCACCAGCCUAAUGGUUUGUCGGCCAAGGCGACAGAAGACCUGCCUAGAUGAAUUCCUCGAGCUGGAUGAGGAUGACAUCAGUAAUCAACGUUCUUAUAUAACAGGACACAACAGAUUGUAUCACCACACGGAAACUUGCCUGCCAGUGCAUCCCAAGGAGCUGGACAUUGACUCGGAAGGGGAGAGCGAUCCGCUUUGGCUGCGCCAAAAGACCAUACAAAUGAUCGACGAAUUCUCCGACGUCAACGAGGGCGAAAAGGAGCUAAUGAAGUUGUGGAAUUUGCAUGUGAUGCGCCACGGAUUCGUCGGCGACUGCCAGCUGCCGUUGGCCUGCGAAAUGUUUCUGGAUGCCAAAGGUGUCGAGAUUGUGCGCAAGAAUCUCUAUCGCAACUUCAUACUACACAUGUGCUCCCUCUUCGACUACGGAUUGAUUGCAGCCGACACAGUGUACAAGACGGUGCAAAAGCUGCAAGGACUACUCAGCAAAUACGCUGCCGGCCAGGAGCUGAUGCAGCGACAGCGUGAGGCACAGCUCAAGUUCUGGCUGGACGUGGGUAUGCACAAAAAGCAGGACGAUCUGAAGCAUCUGAAGUCACCGCAGAAACCAGCAACCAGCUGCAGCAAUGAUGCAGCAACUACCUCAUCGGGCAGCGGCAGCGGCAACGCAGCCAAUGCCAUGCAACCGCCUAAACGCAUGCCGGCUAAUCUGAAGCGGGCCAAUGCUGCGGCCACUGCCACCUCACUAGAUGGCCAGGAUGCGAACAGUGCUGGCAACAGCAGCAAGAAUGUGGCCAAGAAGAGCGCCACCGAUCAGCCAGUUAGCAAUUUGGCCAGCACACGCGAGCGACGUUCCGAACAGGGCCAGAAACGUUCUGCCAACGGUGGACGACUCAGUGCACCCGAAAGCAGAACUGCCACAAGCUCACUGUCCAAGCGGAAGCUCAGUCCGAAAGACACUGCUAUGAUCAGCAAACGGCAGCGCUACAGCGAUGGCAGCGCCAGCAAUGUGGGAUCAGCAGCGAGCAGCGGUUCGACGACGACGACGCGUAACAAAAGCAAUAACCAUACACUGCCAGCAAAUAGCAACAACAAGCGACGCGCCUCCUUGCAGCGCAGCAGAUCGAACAGCAGUGCCGCCGGCAGCGCUGCACAUGGGCUGCGCACGCGCCUGUCUGUGCCUGUUACAAAGUACGAGAGGCGCUGACGCAAGCGGCGCUGCUGUCGUUGCUGCUGCUGAGAACAAAGAAUACUACGACGGACGAAAAACAAGAAGGAUCAGAAAAAGGAUGACGUACGUUUCGUUAGAUUUUACAGUUUGGUUUUGUCACCUUUAUCGAUAUCAGGUUUAGACAAAAAAAAUAUUGUCUAGCAAUUUUAUAUAAAUUUUUAUUAUUAAUUAUUAUGUUGAGUUUAUCUUAUGCACUUUACUUUAUUUUUAUGUUGGACAUUUGUAAAGUCUUCGAAGUAUCUACUAAGAUUUCCACAAAACCCAUUUCUCUAAAGAACACACCAUAACAACAAAAAUUAUAAUAAUACGAUUGCAUUAAUAUUAAUUUUAAUGAUUAACUUUACAUAAUUAUCACGUAUCAUAUAAAUGCCAGUUACUUAAAUAUUGCAUUGCUUUUGGCAAACAAAUUAUUCAACAUUUUGUAAUAAAUCACUCCGUGCGAUUGAGGAAAUUCUGUAUGUGAACAUCAAAUUGUAAUUAGCACUAUAAUAUAUCGAUACAUAUAUUUCGAAAAUUGAGAAAGCAAGAAUUUGCCUAGGUAUUAAAGAAAAACCACAACAAAUCAAUUUUAGGAACUGCUGAAUAAAAUUUUGCAUAUA